AGAUCCUUGGCAACUUGAUUUACAAAUGGCGGACAGCGAGGAUUAUCGCUGAGAUCUAUUGACAGAUUUUAUUUAUUGAUUUAGUUUAGAUAACUAUUUAAAAUGAAGUAUAAUCAACAAAACAUUUUAUUCUAAGUUUGCAAGUUUUGAUGCUACACGCUCUGUCUAUGCUUGAAUGUCGUAACGGAAAACGGGCACCUGCUAGAUAUCCGCCAAAUCUGAGAAGAUGUCGACGACAGCCACAACCCCCACCGUGGCUACUUCUGGGAAGCUGGACACGACUAAGACGCCAGACCUGAUGAAAUCCUCACGGAGUAAAACCCCGGACAAAGAAAAGAAGGCUAUAUCUAUUGAUAACAAGCUUGAAAACCGGCUCACAAUGAAAGACUUGGCCAAACUUCAGAAAGCUUUCAUGACGGAGGGAGAUGGGUAUGAUAACAAGCUAGCUCUAUACAGAGACAUGUUCUGCGAGGCUCUCUCCAUCCUUCUGGACAAAGGGACACGCGAGGAGUACGGGGAGCUGUUUGACAAGAUCGACGUUGCUAAGGAGGGGACCGUCGACUGGGACAAGUUCGCCUCCCACAUGCUGCUGGAGUUCUACGAGAGAGACGACCGGGUCAAGUCCACACAGGUCCCUCAGUGGAAGGACCUCAAAAUGCUGCAAAGUCCACACAAGGAUAUUGUUCAGAGAGUGCAGUAUCUAAAGAGCAGCAACAGAUAUGUCUCUAUCAGUAAGGAGGGUACUGUUGGUAUCUGGGGCCCGGAUCUGAAGUUAUCCCGAUCGUUCCGGAUCGCUACAGACUCAUGUAAAGCCAGAGAUCUCUGGGUAACCCACUUUGUAGCUCUACAGAACAUCAAUAAAAUCGCUGUGGCCUUCACUUCGAAGGAGAUUGCUAUUUAUGACAUGGGGAACAAGCUAGAAUUUAACUGCCAGUACAAGGUACAGGGCAUGGAGUUCACUCCCCUGUGUCUGGAUUACUGGUAUAACCCUAAGGAUGCCAAUGAAGCGAUCCUGUGUUGGGGUGACGUGGGGGGCUAUGUGAACUGUUUGUUCUUUAAUUCGGCCAAUAUUGCUCUGUUUGAAAGACCGCCAGCGCCUGCCGGGGAAAAACAAGAACCGUGCCUUAACGUGAACCUGCAGGAUGUGGGAAAUGAGACUCUGUUCAAGAACGAAACUUACACCCGACACGAGGCCCACAGGAAAGAGUGGGUGAGACAAGUGAAGUAUGCCCAUUAUUUGGAGUGUUUCAUCAGUUGCUCCACGACCAGUACAAACUCUAUGGUGAUAGGCUGGAUGGAGAAAAAGACAGGAUCUGUCACCAAGGAUCAAGGAACAAGCAAGAAGAUUCAGAGAAUAUCCAGCUUCAACAUAUCCCAGGGUGUGAGCACUUUUGACUACAACCAACAUCUAAACAUCAUUGCCACCGCUGGCGUGAACCACCACGUGUGUCUGUGGAACCCCCACAUUGUGUCUAAACCUAACGGUGUCCUGCGGGGUCACAUGGCCAGCGUGAUACAGGUCCAGUUCAUCAAGAGUCGCGGUCAGCUCAUCAGCUUCUCUAAAGACAAAGUCCUGAGGAUCUGGGAUGUACAGCUACAAGUCUGUAUACAGAGAUUAGCAGGGAUGUUCCCUAAAGGCCCCGAAGUUGUGAGUACCCUGUUCUUUGACGAGGAGAAGGAUCGCUCAGGCAUGGAGAGGAACAAGAUGUUAAUUACGUUUAAUUAUCAGAUCACGCUGAUGGAGAUGAAGACGGAGAAUCGGGAUAAAAUCAUGUCACACGAGAAACCCGUCACCUCAGCUAUCUACAACUCUGUCUACAAUCAGGUGAUUAGUGUCUGCCAGGCUGGCACCAUGAUUGUUUGGAUGAUUGACACAGGUCAAAAGGUCAAACAGUUUAACAAUACUCACUCUAAUGCCGAGGUCACGUGUCUGGCUCAGGAUCCCACGGAAACCAAACUGUUCACAGGAAGUACUGACGGAACAGUCAAGGUUUGGGAUUUUAAUGGACACUGCUUCCACACCCUGGAGUGUGCAGGAGGACAGCCAGCUGACAUAGGGCAGAUCCUUAAUCUGAAGAGAAGUGUGGUGGUGGUAGGGUGGACCAAGCAAAUCACAGUUUUCCCGACAGCUUCCUUUAAAGACUUCCAUGUUCAGCCAGCAGAAUGGAAAGGUGGAAAGGAGCACAAUGAGGACAUUCUAUGUUGCGCGUUCACUGGACCGAAUCACCUAGCCACAGGAAGUUACGAUGGUGAGAUCGUAAUCUGGAACACGAACUCGGAACACAUGUCCAGACGACUCAAUCAGAGAUCCAGACGGUUAAUGGUCAAGUCCAGACAGAAGUCCUUCAUGCAGGCCAGAAAGGAGUCUGCCUCUUCACAAAGACCAGUAUCUAAGACGUCACAAAAGAGCGGGAAAAGUCAGACCAGUGGAGCAGAUGACACUAAUGAGUUUGGAUUGGCUGUUGCUAAGCUGAUCUUCCUGGACACCAGGAAGGGGAACUCGGCGGGAGGCGGGGCUAAUCUGAUCUCGGGGGGAGGGAAUGGCUGGGUUCGGUUCUGGAACACUGCCCACACCCGACUGAUUGGAGAAUUUGUGGCUCACCAGCAAUCUGGGAGCGUUUUAAUGGCGACAGACAAGAAGAAUCGAUACAUGGCGACGGGCGACGUAGAUGGACUAAUCAAAGUGUGGGACAUCACAGAGUACUGUGUACAGGCCGCAGACGAUGUCAUCACUACUUCACCGCCCCAGAAGUGUCAGUUUCAGGCCCACGCUGACAUGAUAAACACGCUGGAGAUGUGUGAGAGGAACGAGCGCGUCCUCAUCAUAUCCGCCUCGUCAGACUGCAGUGUCGCCAUGUACGACGUACUGGGGAACCUCAUAGGGAUAUUUGGUCAGGAGGAUCACUGGAAGAUAGAGCCCUAUGACCCGGCGGAGGAGUUUAUAGAGGAAGUCGAGAGCGAGGAGGAGAUUGAGGAGAGUAAGGAGCAGGAGGCUGAGGAGGUGGAGGAGGAGGAGGACUGGGAGCCAGACGAGGAGGCCGUCAACGACCCGGAGCACCACAGGAUCAACACGUGGAACAAAACACUACUAGGUAAACAUUAUCAAGAGCUUCGGGUACAGAAGCGAGAGAGGAAACAGCCGAGCACGAUACCAGAUCUGCCGUAUCUACACUGGGAGAGAACUGGGCAUGCUCCUGCCGGGCCUUACUCAUCACUGGACACACAGGUGAUACAGGACUUUGAUCCUCCAAAGAAACCCAACAUGUCAUACACAGAGAGUGUAUCUACCACAUCUAACCUGCCAAAACUCCCCAACCUUGUUGACACACUUAAACAGCCUGUUCCAGAGAAGGAAAUCUUUCCAAAAUACAUCCUGGAUUUUGAAGCCAAGAUGAAAGAUUAUCAUCGCCGACAAUUGAGUCAAGGAAACUCCUCUAAUGCUCCUGGAAUUAUGGGAUUGAAGGGGAAGCUGGGAGCUGGAAUGGCUAAAUCCAGUUUACAAAGUAUUGGGCUACAGCUGGGGAAACAGAUGUUAAACACGUCCACCCCCAAACCAAGCAAGUCUGUCAAGAGUAUGAAGCUUAAAUCCGUAUCACGGAGAACAUCCGUAGUAUCCACAGAGGCCUCUCAGGCUUACUGAUGAUCUGGAUAAAUCCAGCUGAUAAUCCAACUGAUACCUCCUGAUAAUCUUGAUAAAAUCCAACUGAUAUCAAAUGUUUUUGUGGAUAAAUUCAACUGAUAAUCUAGCUGAUACAACUGAUAAUCCAGAUAUAUCAGUAUCUUGUUGAUAUCAAAUGAUAGAAUCAAGUUCAAACCAUCUGAUAUGAAUUGAUAUAUUACUGAUGUUCCAGAUAAAUCCAAUUGAUAUCAGUUGAUAUAUUAUUGAUCUUGUGGAUAAAUCCAACUGUGAUGGGGAAUUUACAGUGUAUAAUAGUUCUUAUCAAUAAUGACAGAGAUUCAAGGUGAUCUACUGGGCAUGUGAAAAUUCAAUUUUUUUAUGCUAUCAUAAAUAGUAUUGUAUAUUCUUGCCUUAAGAGAUUUAAAUGGAAAUGUGAAUAAAUAUAUAAUAAUAACCUAACAGACAUUUCAGGUGUUUAGAUAGCACUCACACACCCUUCUUAGAUAAAAAGAUGUGUUGUUUUAUAUACAUAAGCAUUUAAAUGUAAAAAAAAUCCCAUUG